GCCGCCUUGGGCACCGGAGCGGCGGUUCGGGGCAGCGGGGUCCCCGGGGAGGCGUCUGGCGCAGGGGCGUGGAGCAGCAGCUCUUCGCGGCUCCAGGAUGUCGGCGAGGGCGUGAGAGGCUGGCUGUGAAGGGUGGAUCGUUACAGCUAUAAUGGAUGAUUUAAACCUGCACUACAGAUUUUUAAAUUGGAGGAGGAGGAUCCGGGAGAUUCGAGAGGUGCGAGCCAUUCGUUACCAAGAGAGGUUCAAACACAUCCUUGUUGAUGGAGACACAUUAAGUUACCAUGGGAACUCUGGAGAAGUUGGUUGUUACGUUGCUCCUCGCCCGCUGACCAAAGACAACAAUUAUUUUGAGGUAUCAAUUGUGGACAGUGGUGUGCGUGGGACCAUUGCAGUAGGACUGGUGCCUCAGUAUUACAGUUUGGACCAUCAGCCUGGAUGGUUACCGCAUUCAGUAGCCUAUCAUGCUGAUGAUGGCAAACUUUACAAUGGUCGAGCCAAGGGACGUCAGUUUGGGACAAAAUGCAAUUCUGGGGAUCGGAUAGGCUGUGGGAUUGAGCCAGUGUCCUUUGAAGUCCAGACAGCACAGAUAUUCUUCACCAAAAAUGGGAAAAGGGUGGGCUCAACAAUAAUGCCACUCUCGCCAGAAGGUCUCUUCCCAGCCGUAGGGAUGCAUUCACUGGGUGAAGAAGUCCGGCUCCAUCUCCAUGCAGAGUUGGGCAGUGAAGAGGAAGAUGACAGCAUUAUGAUGGUGGACAGUUAUGAGGAUGAAUGGGGACGACUGCAUGAUGUGAAAGUCUGCGGCACACUCUUGGAAUAUAUAGGGAAAGGGAAGAGCAUCAUCGAUGUGGGUCUUGCACAAGCUCGGCAGCCUUUGAGUACCAGGAGUCACUACUUUGAGGUGGAGAUUGUGGAUCCGGGAGAGAAGUGCUACAUCGCCCUGGGCCUUGCCCGCAAGGAUUACCCCAAAAACCGGCAUCCUGGCUGGAGCAGAGGAUCUGUAGCCUACCAUGCAGAUGAUGGCAAAAUCUUCCAUGGAAGUGGAGUGGGGGAUCCCUUUGGCCCCCGUUGCUAUAAAGGAGACAUUAUGGGUUGUGGGAUCAUGUUUCCACGUGACUACAUCCUUGAUAGCGAGGGUGACAGUGAUGACAGCUGUGAUACGGUGGCUAUCCGAGCCAAACCACGAGGAGUGAGGAAUGUCUUGUAUCUGCACCAGGAGGCAGAUGAGGAUGAGGAUGAAGAAGAAGAUGGGGAAGAUGUGGAACAGGAACACGAAGGCAAGAAAGUAGUGGUGUUCUUCACCCGCAACGGAAAGAUUAUUGGCAAGAAAGAUGCCGUGGUGCCAUCGGGGGGCUUUUAUCCCACCAUUGGGAUGCUGAGCAGCGGGGAGAAGGUCAAGGUGGAUCUGCAUCCACUCAGCGGCUAAAGAUCAAGGGCUGGAGAAUAUGCCUCUUCUGCCACUCUGCAGGCUGCUGGAUUGCUCCAGCUGUUCUUCAUUGCAACUUUGGCCAUUGCCUCCAGGAGUCUAACCGUCUUGACGUGGGGCCAUAUAGAGAGAUAUUUGUCUAUCUAAUAACACCUGAGCCACUUUUCUUGUCUCUUUCCUGCCUGCUUGAUUGCAACUGUUUUAAUACUGGAAAAAUCUUGAGGCGCUCUUUUCUUUCCAAGCGGGUGAGGGAUUCGUUCCUGGAGCACAGUCCCGAUCUCUUUCUGCUCGUAAUGUUCCAUUGAUUACUGUUUGUGAGGGUAGGACAGCUCUUUGAGUUUACAUGGUUGAAAAAGAGACCGGAAUAUGGCCUAGCCUUAUUCAGCUCUGGGGUGUCCAUGAUCCUGUGCCCGAGGGGAUGAUUGAAUUGCGGAUGGAACAGGUCAGCUCCUCUUGCCUAAGGAUAUGAACCAUUUGCAUUGUUAUAUCUAGUGUGCUGGACACUUCAUUCUUCAGUGCGAGCCAGUCUCAAAAUUAUCUAAGUUAUUUUUCUCCUGAGCCCAUCAGUGUGGGAAAAACCCUAUGUCAGUUUUUUUAAAAAUUACGGGCUCUUUAGAUGAACUCAAGCUGGUAUUUAGAAACUCCCAGGAUCUAACUUUCUUUUUUCAAGGACUUUUGGAGGGGAUGAUGGAAAGCCAGGGAAGAUUCUUUCUUGGACUGUACUUCCUAACUGAUGUUUGAUAAGCCAAGAUCCAGCACUUUUUUUUCCAAUCAUAGUUUAAAGAUGAAGUCUAAUGAUGAAUUCUCUGCUGUCCUAAUCAGCUAAUCUCGGGGUUUGGGGUGGGUGGGUGGGAGGUCAUUGGCAAAAUUUGGAGGCAGGCCUACUAGAAUUCUGCUCCCCUCCUCUUAUCCUGAGCUUGAGAGCUCCCUAAUAUUUCUUCUAUAUGUUGUUAUGAUCUGGGUGCAAUGCUGCUGUGUAUCUCUAUUGAUGGAGAAGAGGGUGGAAUGUGAAAUCUGUACUGUAACUUGAUUGUAAAGUGUUCAUUCUUCACCCUUCAUUCUUCCCUGCUGAAGUUAAAGAGGACAGGUCCUUAGGUAUGUAGGCCUGUCCUUCUUUUCAGCCCCUCCCCUGUUCUCUGCAUUGUAUUUGCUCUUGUCAUAGCUAGCCCCAUUGCAGAAAUAACACAGGCUAUGGGAAGUGGGACAACCAGUCUGGAUGCUGUGUGUGUAGAUGUGGUCUAUCAAUGACAAGAGAAGCCAAAGAGUAGCAGCUGCUUUGAGCCACGGGAGGAAGGCUCCUACUUUCUCUUAACUUCUCUGCCCCUGUAUUUUCAUGGGCAAUCUUGCUGCUAAAAUGAUAAUCUGGGAAUGGGGGAUUGAAGACGGGAUGGUCCUAAGAAGAAGAAAAAAAUAGGUUGGCUCCCUCUGGUGGUGUGAAUGACCUGCCUUUGUUGUCACAGUCCCGCUUUGUAUGUUGGGUGAGUGGGAGCAAUAGUUCGGUCUCUUCCUUCCAUGUUCAUGUCUUGCCAACAAUCCUCCCUGCUUCUUGCAAUUAUGAGAAGAUUGUAAUCCCUGCUUGCUGAUGAUGGUGGUUUCCUCCCUAUCUGCUGCGUGAAACGAUCCGGCAUCUGGCUGCAGAACGCAAGGAUACAGGCUUGCUGUUGUGCAAGGGGGCAUCACAAGCUUGUAAACGUGCUGCUGUUGACUUAAUUGCUGCACCAAGCCUUGGAGAGUGCAGAUGUUGCUCGCUCUCUCUUUCUGUGUCCUGUUGUGUAGUUUAGUGUUUCUCAACUUAGAGAACUUUGAGACACGGGGACUUCAACUC